CACGGAAGAAGCUUUGCCAGCCGUACUGGGUUACCAGCGAGUUUGGGCUGCGAUAUACUAAACGAAUUUCAGAUUAAGGCACCUUUAUGAGGAUUCUGCCAAACGAGAAAUCAGAAUAUAGUAUCUCCAGUCUUUUUGUGGUUGCCAGGAGGUAUUGGAUGUAAGCACCGGGACUCCAACAUGAAGACGCCAGAGAGAAUUCAACCAAACAGGCAAGUGGUGGCCUUUGUUUUGAUGGGGUUCUUGUCUCAGGCUCACCUGGAGCCUAUUCGUUAUUCUGUGAUGGAAGAAACUGAGAGUGGCUCCUUUAUAGCCCAUCUGGCCAAGGAUCUGGGCCUGGGAAUUGGGGAACUGGCCACUAGGUCAGCCCGGGUGGUGUCUGACGAUGACAAGCAGCGCUUGCAACUGGAUCAUCAGACAGGAGACUUGCUUUUGAGGGAGAAACUAGACCGGGAAGAACUAUGUGGCCCUGUUGAACCAUGUAUACUGCAUUUCCAAGUGUUGCUGGAAACGCCAGUGCAAUUUUUUGAAGGAGAAUUAUCAAUUGAGGACACAAAUGACCACUCCCCAGUAUUCCCAACUGGGGAAAUCCUCUUGAAAAUACUGGAGAACAGCCAGCCAGGGACUCUGUUUCCGUUGAAAUUAGCUCGGGAUUUGGAUGUGGGCAGCAACGGUCUUCAAAAAUACACUAUCAGCCCCAAUUCUCAUUUUCAUGUUCUAACUCGAAAUCAUAGUGAGGGCAAGAAAUACCCAGAUUUGGUGCAGGACAAAGCUCUGGAUCGAGAGGAGCAGCCUGAGUUCACCUUAACCCUCAUAGCACUGGAUGGUGGGUCUCCACCUAGAUCUGGCACCACCACAGUACGAAUCCUGAUCAUGGACGUCAAUGACAACGCUCCAGAGUUUGUGCACACCCCUUAUGAAGUACAGGUCUUGGAAAACAGCCCUCUAGAAUCCUCAGUACUUAGUGUCUCCGCUAGAGAUAUAGAUUCUGGAAACUUCGGGCGAGUUUCCUAUGGCUUUUUCCAAGCGUCCGAUGAAAUUAAACAAACUUUCUCAAUUAAUGAAGUCACAGGAGAAAUCCGACUGACAAUGAAACUGGAUUUUGAACACAUUAAAUCUUACCACAUAGAAGUUGAGGCCAUAGAUGGAGGAGGCCUUUCUGGAAAAGGCACUGUAGUCAUACAUGUGGUGGAUGUGAAUGACAAUGCCCCUGAACUUACCCUAUCUUCACUCACCAACUCUAUCCCAGAAAAUGCUCCUGAGACUGUAGUCUCUAUCUUCAGAAUUCGAGAUAGAGACUCUGGAGACAAUGGAAAGAUGAUUUGCUCUAUUCCAGAUAAUCUGCCAUUCCUUCUGAAACCGACUUUCAAGAAUUUCUACACGCUCGUAACGGAAAGUCCCCUCGACAGAGAGAGCCAGGCCGAGUACAACAUCACCAUCACCGUCACUGACUUGGGGACUCCCAGGCUGAAAACGCAGCACAACAUAACCGUGACGGUCUCCGACGUCAACGACAACGCCCCCGCCUUCAGCCAAACCACCUACACCCUGCGGGUCCGCGAGAACAACAGCCCCGCGCUGCACAUCGGCAGCGUCAGCGCCACAGACAGCGACGCGGGCGCCAACGCCCAGGUCACCUACUCGCUGCUGCCGCCCCAG